CGCCGCCGCCACCUCCACCUCCACCGCCGCCGCUGCCGCCGCCGCCGCCACCGCUGGCGUCCUACCGCUGUCGCGGGCGCUGAGGGAGUUUGCCGAAGCUCUACCCUCAGAUCCUGCCCGGUCUCCCCGCCCGGGCGCCGGGCGCCAGCUCCCGGAACACGCAGCGCUCCGACCGGUGCAGGAGCGGGGAGCUGCCCGAGCCCGUGGAGCGGCGGGAACGGCCCCGGCAGCCCCUCCCCACCCUCCCCUCCCUGACCCCUUCGUGCCAGCGCCCCGGUCAUGGGGAACGCCGCGACCGCCAAGAAAGGCAGCGAGGUGGAGAGCGUGAAAGAGUUUUUAGCCAAAGCCAAAGAAGACUUUUUGAAAAAGUGGGAAAAUCCUGCUCAGAACAAUGCUGGACUCGAGGAUUUUGAAAGGAAAAAAACCCUUGGAACCGGUUCCUUUGGGAGAGUCAUGCUGGUGAAACAUAAAGCCACUGAACAGUAUUACGCCAUGAAGAUCUUAGAUAAGCAGAAGGUUGUUAAACUGAAGCAAAUAGAGCAUACACUGAAUGAGAAAAGGAUAUUACAGGCAGUGAAUUUUCCUUUUCUUGUUAGACUGGAGUAUUCAUUUAAGGAUAAUUCUAACUUAUACAUGGUUAUGGAAUAUGUCCCUGGGGGUGAAAUGUUCUCACAUCUAAGAAGAAUUGGAAGGUUCAGUGAACCCCAUGCACGAUUCUAUGCAGCUCAGAUAGUGCUAACAUUUGAAUACCUCCAUUCACUAGACCUCAUCUACAGAGAUCUAAAGCCUGAAAAUCUCUUGAUUGACCACCAAGGUUAUAUUCAGGUUACAGACUUUGGAUUUGCCAAGAGAGUUAAAGGCAGAACAUGGACAUUAUGUGGCACUCCAGAAUAUUUGGCUCCAGAAAUAAUUCUCAGCAAGGGCUACAAUAAGGCAGUGGAUUGGUGGGCAUUGGGAGUGUUAAUCUAUGAAAUGGCAGCUGGAUACCCUCCAUUCUUUGCAGACCAACCCAUUCAGAUUUAUGAGAAGAUUGUUUCUGGAAAGGUCCGAUUCCCAUCGCACUUCAGUUCAGAUCUCAAGGACCUUCUAAGGAACCUGCUGCAGGUAGAUUUGACGAAGAGGUUUGGAAACCUAAAAAAUGGUGUGAGUGAUAUAAAAACUCACAAGUGGUUUGCCACAACAGAUUGGAUUGCUAUUUACCAGAGGAAGGUUGAAGCUCCAUUCAUACCAAAGUUCAGAGGCUCUGGCGAUACCAGCAACUUUGACGACUAUGAAGAAGAAGAUAUCCGUGUCUCAAUAACAGAAAAAUGUGCGAAAGAAUUUUGUGAAUUUUGAAGAUGGACAUCAGAGGCCACACUCAAUCUUUACGCUCUGUCGAGAGAGUUGGUGGGGCUGAGGCCGUCCUUGUUGAAGCAGUUACCUAGUUCCUUCAUUCCAGCGCCUGAGUGAGGUCUUGAUUGCCAUCAUCUGUGCGUGCGCUCUGCCUCCACCUAUGUAACAAGGCACCGCUAAGCAUUUCUGUGCCAUAACACAGAACUAGACACCUUCCUGCUUCUCUUUGGUUUGUCUUUCCUCUUUCCUCCGACUCUCAUUUCUCCCCUUUGCCAUUACUAGCUUUUCUCCAAACAGUGCUCCAUUUUAUUUUGUUGGUGUUUCAGACAGGCAGUGUUAUAGCUACGUGAUACUGAAGGGAAAGAAAAGUGUGUUCAGUAGUUCUGCCAGUAUUUUUGUUGGUCAGUGGCUUGAGGAUGUAUCUUCUAUUGAUUCUUUUUAUUUUAAGUAGCUCAGACCCUGUUUUGCCAAAACUAUUCAGUUUUUGAGGAUAUUAUAUAUUAUCUUAUCAUGAGGGAAGUUUGUACAAAUUAAAACAGUAACUUUCUUAGAACUCACUGUCCUGGCUUACAUUUGGAUAGGCUAUUAUGAAGUAUCUAGAUCCAGCAGUUUGGGUCCCUGUAGGUCAGAAUUCUAUUUUCUGUCAUCUCCUUUUGUAUCAUCAUUCACUUAAAUGAUGAAGUGACCAUCCUGUGCAGUGUGGCAAAUGUGUUUCCUUCACAGGAGAAAACUAAUGAUAAGGAUUAUCAGCCCCCAGAUUCUACCUGUUGACUUUUCUGUAGGUAUUCAAGUUCUAAGAUUUCUAAAUCUAACUCUUCACCAAGGUUUUAGACAGUAUUUUUAAACAAAAUAUGACUAAUGAAAGUGACAGUUGUUUUUAAGUUUCUGAGAUAAUCCUUACUGUUAACUUUUUAAAGGAAAAGAAACAAACUAAAAAGGAAACAUGGACAAAGACUUAGCCAAGUCAAGCAAGUGAAUUAAUUCUUGCAAACAAUAUAGACAUGUUUAUUUCACGAAGUUUUUUUGUUUGUUUUGUUUUGCUUUGCUUUACAACGGUUAAGAACAAAAGAACGUGUUGCCAGGCUACUAUCCUGGUGUACUGCAUCGUUAACCUAAGUAGAGGCACUGCUGCCAUUCCUGCUUUCAGCUCAUGCCUCCUAGGCGAGGAAAGGCAAAAUGUUUAUAUAACUGCCACAAUUGUAUUUUAAUUUUGUGGUGUGACAGUUUUAGAUAAGUCAUAAUUUCUAGCCUCUUUUCCUUUAGUAAACAGAAUGUAUGAUCAUGCAGAUACAACUUUAGUAUUUGAGUUUAGUUUUUUAUAUAUACUUUUCUGCCAACGGACUUAACAUUGCUGUCAUGUGUAAAUUUCAGGCACUUUUGCACAUUUAGUUCAGUGUUGAGAAUCAAUGGCUUAAGUCAAUUUUUAAAACAUUUUUUUUCUUCCCUUUUAAAAUGUUCUCAUCUGCUUUUAUCUUUUUGUGUCAGUGGCCUAUCUUAAAACAACACACCAAAAUAUUUUAAAAUAAACUGUGUUCAUUUUUUUAUGAUACGUUCACAUGCACAUAAGCUGAAUUAUUCUUAAUCAAACUGAUCGUAAUAUACAUAUGAACAUUCUGUUUGCUUCAUUAUUGGUGCAGGUAGGUCACUGACUUUAGUAUUCAUCUCUACCAUACCCUUGUAAAAACCUUUGAAGACAUUGAAACAAAGCCUGCCUGAGAUGCUCUCUGCCUCAGUCUGUAUGUCAUCUGGUUGUCAAGUGUUUCUGCAUGGUUAUGUCACUAAAGGCUGAUACUAAUUUUUCAGUUGGUUCAUCUGUAUUUAAAAUGUGCAAGAAAAAUAUGAAAUCUUUGCUGUAGCAAGUUUUAUGUAACAAAGAUAUCAUCAUGUUAAUAAAUUUAAAACAUUUGUAAAAUAUAUGUUCACUAGAUUUUUUUUGUAUUUUCUUUAGAUCUAAGAACAUGCUGAUCAUUUUAUGUAGGUUACAAAUUCAUCAUAGCUUUGUUGUAUAUUACUGUAAAAUUAUUUUAAUAAAUCAUGGGGAUGAGAAUUUGAUUAUUGUGUUUUAAGUUUUUAGUAAUGUAUUUCUAUAAAUUCUAAAAAAAAAUUUUUUUUUCUUUUUUCAUGAAAUUACUACUGCCCAACACAAUUUGCUGUAGAGUCUACCUAGGUAGAUGACUUUUAGGUAUACAUUUGUUUUGGGGGGGCUGAUAAGCCACUACUAGAUUUUACUCUCUUAAGGACAUGAGAGAACUUUUAAGUAUCCUAGGGAAGCCUACUUAUAACCAAUCAAGUACACCAAAUUACAAUCUUUCAAAGUCAUUUGUAAAAAUUCUUAGUGUCAGCCACAAUCUAACCAAGAUCAAGAUAAAGACUUGAAUAAGAAAUAACUGGCUUGGAUCAUUAUUUAACUUCCAACUGCAUUAUCUGAAACAAAAGAGAGUUCAUUUUUACUCAGUAAAUAAUGAGAUGGAAUUACAGAGGAAAGAGCCAUGAACUAAGAAGUCAAGGCAUCUAUGUUACAGGCCUGCUCUGUCACUAUCAAAAUGCCCUUAGCCUGAUUUCUUUUAUCUGAGAAGUGAAACAACUGCUUUAAGCAGUUCUUAAGCUCCCUUCUAACUUUCACAUGUUGUGACAAGAUUCUUUUUUUUUUUUUUAAUAUUUCAAAUAGAUAAUGUGCUUUGAAGUAAAUCUUGGCAAGGUAACAUUUUAGAGCACUUUUAUCUCUCAUAGUACUCUUAACAAUUUUUUUUUUAACUAUUAUGUGGAACAUAAAAAGUUGCCUUUCCUGAUUCCUUUCUCAUUCUAAAUAUGCUAAAUAUCAAAUUGAUAUCAAACUGUCAACCUACCAAAAAUAUCGUGGCUUGUGGGUAUUGCUGUCUUGUUUUUGAUAUGUUAUUGUAUUGACUGCCCAUUGGCCUGAAAAUACUAGUUGUAAGCCUGAAAAAAAAUCGUUUUUCUUUCCCACGGGCUUUUUUUUUCUGCUUGUGUAAAAAUCCAAUGAAUUAUUGUAUGUGAAAGCACCUUGUACACUGUACCUUAUCAAUGCAAAUGUUAAGGUGUGCUGUUACUUCAUUAAUUACUUCUCUGUUUAGAAUGAAAUUUCCUAUGCACUACUGUCACUAGGAAAUGCUGAUAUCAACUGUGUUUUUUAAUUAAUCAAUAACCGCAAAUUAAAGUAUCUUCAAAGGAUAAAAUAA